CCUUGUCCAUCCCUAUGUGGAAUUAUUAAAAAAAGCAUUUGCUCCUAAGUGUGAAAAAGGAGAAAGCUAUGACACAUAUCUUAACUUAAUAUAUGGACAACAAUGUAAAGAUGGUGAUGAAGAAGAAUUUGAUAGUUUAGUUAGUGAUAAUGAUGAAAUUCCAUCUGGUGGUUCCCGACGGCAUUGGCAAUAUACCCAUUGUCAAUUUUGGAAAAGAAUAUUGAUAACUAAGGGAAGAGGAAGAGGAAAAGGUAGAAAGAGAACAAUUAGCCAGCGAAAAGAUGCUAAAAAUGAAACAAAUGUAGAUGAGUUUAAUCAAAUCGAAUCAUUACCGGCUGCUAAUACUGUUGGUCUUCAAAAAGUUCGAGCAGCAAUCUUUUUAUCAUUAGAUGAAUUAUAUUCAAAUCGCAACAAUAUUGGACCCCAAUUUAAAGACUUUAAAUGGGAUGAUAUAUUUGAAGAAAAAGAAAAGUCUCUUGAAUUACUACAAAAUCUAUAUGAUUCCAUGAAAGAGGAUUCCCAACCCAGAGAUAUGAGUAUGCAACAACAAAUGACUUUUUAUGAUUAUUCAGAUGAUGAUGAUUUUUUUAAAGCUUUGGAAAAUAAAGUGGGUGGUAGUGCGUCUGUAGCUGCAGAGGAUGAAGUUUUACGUUAUAUAGGAAUUCGGCAGAUUAAUAUUGAUCAGGAUCCUUUAAAGUGGUGGGACAUGAAUAAAAGUGAGUUUCCUGUUCUAUCUCAUCUUGCACAAAAGUAUUUGUCAAUUCCCGCUACUUCUGUGCCAAGCAAGAGAUCGUUUUCAACCGCUUGUAAUUACAUAUCCGCAAAACGUACUCAACUAUCGCCAGACUUGGUUAAUCAG